GAAGCUUCGAAAGAAAAGAACACACGUACCACUUUAGGUCAUCUGCAAGCAGCUUUGACCCGAGUUUCACACCUCCAUUAUUUGUACAGCACUAGGUCAUUAUAGGCAGUGCUGCAGCAACAUGCAUAUGCAUAUUGAUCCUAAAGUAGCACCUUUCUUUGAACAAAUCAAAGAAGUCACUCAUCUCACUCUGAAUAGUAUGCAUCAAAGACAUGAAGCCAGGACCUCCUUAACCCCAAAUCCAAACCCAACAUAGUGUCAAUGAUUUACUAAACGAGCCCAUUUCAGUAGUGGGAUCGUCCAUCAGAUUAAUAGUUAAGCACAUUACCCACCUUGGCCGUUUCCAUACCACAAGCUCCACAAGACAUAAGACUCUGACACUUGCCAAAAGCAGAAGCAUUUUGUCAGGACUGAAACAAGGACACUUUUUCUUUUGAAAUCAUGGGGCUAUUGGAUCUGUUUCUCCACUCUUUUAGUUCUAUUUCCCUGUUUGGAGCUCUGGUGGUCCUGCUGCUAGUCUUCAUUUUCUCCCCCUCCAGCUUCAGCUCACAGGAUAAAGGGAAGGAACCUCCAGGUCCAACACCACUUCCCCUAAUUGGGAACCUGCUGCAGCUUGACCUCAAGAACCCCUACAACACAUUUAUGGAGCUUUCCAAGAAAUAUGGAUCCGUUUUCACAGUGUAUUUGGGAUCCCAAAAAGUGGUGAUCCUGGCUGGAUACAAAACAGUGAAGGAGGCACUUGUCAACUGUGCGGAUGAGUUUGGUGACAGAUAUUCAAUGCAAAUAACAAAGGAAACUAGUGGAGGGCAUGGGAUUAUAUGGGCCAGUGGUGAAUCAUGGAAAGAGAUGAGGCGCUUUGUCUUGACUUACCUCAGAGACUUUGGGAUGGGCAAGAGAGCUUGUGAGGACAAAAUCAUUGAGGAAUGCAACUACCUGAUCGAAGUGUUAAAGAAAUGUAAAGGAGAAGCUUUCGACACAACUCAACCAAUAUACCAUGCCGUCUCUAAUAUUAUCUGCUCAAUUGUUUACGGCAGCAGAUUUGAAUAUGAUGAUACAGAGUUUACAUCACUGGUAGAAGGAGCACUAAGAAGUGUUCGGCUUGUGGGCUCCCCUUCAAUACAGCUGUUUAACCUGUUCCCAUGGAUCGGUAAAUGGAUUGCUGACCGAAAGGAACUUCACACAAUAAUUGCUGACAGCAAGAAACAGAAUCAGAAGCUCUUCGGUCGUUUGAAAGAGACCUUCAAUCCACAGAUGUGCAGAGGAAUUGUGGGCGCCUUUCUGCUCCGAAAGCAAAAUCUGGAGGAAUCCGGGAUCACCGAGAGCCCCUUCCAUGAUAAAAACCUGACACAGACAGUUCUUAAUCUCUUUACUGCUGGCACUGACACAACAGCAACUACACUGAGAUGGGGACUACUAUUUAUGGCCAAGUAUCCCAAAAUACAAGAACAGGUCCAGGAGGAGCUGAGCGAGGUGAUAGGAGGUCGUCAAGUACAGGUUGAGGACAGGCAAAACCUGCACUUCACCGAUGCCGUCGUCCACGAGAUACAGCGAAUGGCUAACAUCACCCCCAUUGCACUUCCUCACCGAACGACCAAAGACAUCACUUUCCAGGGUCACAUUAUUAAGAAGGAAACCACAGUGUAUCCUCUCAUGACAUCUGUCCUGUACGAUGAGAGCGAGUGGGAAAACCCCAGGACCUUUUAUCCUUCCCACUUUCUGGACAAGGAUGGAAAGUUUGUGAAGCGAGAGGCCUUCUUGCCCUUUUCAGCAGGUCGCAGGGCUUGUCCUGGUGAGAGUCUGGCCAAAAUGGAGAUCUUCCUCUUCUUUACCAUCCUCCUGCAGUACUUUCGUUUUACUCCUCCUCCAGGAGUUUCAGAGGAUGAACUGCGUCUCAAUCCACUAGUGGGCUUAGCCGUUUGCCCAUCACCUCAUAAACUGUGUGCUGUUCCUGUUGUUUGAGCUUAAAGUGCUUAUAUUUUUAAUAGCAAUGAUGUCAUUUAAAUUAAAAGAGAAUUCUUUCUCUUUAGUUUCUAAUGUCAAGCUUCACUACUUUAGCACCUUCACCCAGUUUAUCAUUUUCUUUAUUACUAAUAAAGCUCACUGAUAUGCUCAUCUUACUGUCCCAUUAUAACAAAUACACUCCAAUGUCAACAACAAGGUAUAAUAGUGAAUGCAAAGCUUAACAGUAUCCCAAACAUACAAGUUAACCUUGACAUGUUUCAGGUCCAAUAGUAAUGAUUUGCAAGCCCUAUAACAGGAUUUACUAUACUUACUUUGCUACCAUUUGACGAGAUUAACUGUCCAGGUCAAAGUCUGUCUUCAAUAUGUUUUGAACCUAUGUCCUUUUAGGAGACCAGGCAGUUUCAAUUAAAUGUGCUAUUAUUAUAGGGCGCAGGACAUCAUGCUGAAUCUGUGAAUGCUGUAUCUCACACAGAAGAUUGACAAUAAAGUUAGCUUUGACUUGACUCUA